AUGAAAGAGUACGCAUCUGACCGGAUUAGCUGCAUCUAUGCAACAUCUAGUGCAGCAACACAGAGUCGGCAGAUUUUUAGACGCGUUAUUUUGCGAGACUUGCCCCCGCAGAUGGUGUCCCUGUUCAUCCAGCAGGUGCGAAGUAUUGCUCCCAUAAGAGUGCCCCAAGUUAUCUCAUACGAUGUUAUACAUCUAGAUAAUGCUGAGUCACCGCAGAGAUCCAUUAAGCUGGGGUAUAAGUACGACAAUUCCCGCUCUUUGGCAGAUAUUCUGCGAGUGGCCGCGACACAUCAGAAGGCGCCACCAGACCUCUUUCUGCGAAGGAUCUGCAAAGGAAUCAUAGAAGGCCUUGUUGUUCUGGAGGCUAUUAAUGGGGGACACUACAUACAUGGUCACCUCUCUCUCGAAAAUGUUGUGGCGUCAGUGACUGGGGACACCAUCUUGAUCGCGGAUUACGCAUUCGGUGACAUCCACUCCAUGGCUCGACAACUUAGAUUUCGGAAGGAACACACUACAGGAUACGAUAUGUACCCAGAAGCACCGGUCUCCGCCUGCCACGACGCGAACCAGCUGGGAAGUAUCCUGGCAUAUGCAAUGGCAUAUGUACCUAAUGGAACGUAUAGCACAGAGCUCGAGCAGACAGUUCUCUACUUGCGGCGGAUUACAUCUUUGCGGUCAUUUAGGGACUUGCAGAGAUCUGUUCAACGAAUAUUUGAGUAUGAGUAUUUUCAAGCUAACAAGCUAAUCCCGACGGCCGUCACUCCAGAAAGGACCAGAAGACCUUUGUCAGGAACUUCUAUGAUGAGAAAGGCUCCAUGUAGUGUUGAUAGAACUCAGACUUUACGUACCGCGGCAGCCCAGCAUAUGCAGGCAAAGACUGCUUCUGCCAGCCUAUCUUCUAUAGCGUCUCGUCCCAGGCCUCAGUCUCACAUAAUUCUCUCUCGGAGCGAAAAGAUUGAGCCGGUCUAUCGUCAGGCAGAGAAUCUUCGAGAGGAUAGUAGCUUAAGCGGAACGUUAGAUGUCUCUAAUAUUUCUCUUAAUGACAGUCUCCCUGCAUGCAACUCUGCGGAGGGAAUUAAGCAGGUAACAAAUAAAAACGACCAAGUGCAGGCUUUCCUAUCUGAUGAGGCUGUUGUUUUAGUGAAGGAGUUGGAAGAGACCAUGUCUUCUCUACAAGCUUUUCAUCAGAAAUUGACCUCAAAUAUAUUGCUUUCAACUCAAGCCUUUGAGUUCGCCCUCAUCCAGAAUAUGACAGAGCUAGUAGAAGCCGUAGUAACAUCUGGGGUGCUAUUAGUGGGCGCUGAUAAGAAGACAGGUUUGAUUCUAUCCGUGAUUUAUAAUCUGCCAAGUGGUGUUGAAAAGUACACUCCGUCUCAAUGUGGCUGCAUCGAUUCCUCUUCCAAUACCGCUCUAACUCAUGCUAUAAGGUUAAAUCGUCGAUCCUUUGUGCGCAUUCUAGCUCGGUUUGAAUCCCGCAUCCACGGUCCACAAAAUCUACUUCCCAUAGAUUUAGCCCGAAGUUUAAAUAACAGAGAUAUCGUCAAUAUUCUUAUUCUAGCGGAAGACUUUCAACGCAAUCAGAGCAUCCUUCUAAAUUCGCAGGCGUCUGCUGUUGAUACAUUUAAUCAAUACGCUGUUCCCAGUGUAGCAAGCACUCUGUUACUGUCGACGACUCAGCCUGAUACAAAGGAGACAAACGAAUGCACACCAAUCAAGCAGCGGAAAAGACCAACGUCUUGCCAUCCAGAGCUUUUGUAUCGAAACACAGGUUCUCCUCUAAUUGCCGCAGUCAAGAAUAAUGACCCUACCAGAGAAAUUCUUCAGCUUAUACCUGAGCAUGCUGGUAAGCGUGAGAAGAACGGGGCCACUGCACUCUCCGUGGCUCUGGAAAUGGGGAUGCUUAAGAUAGCGAUGCUUCUGGCUCCGUAUGAACUUAUGAUUAGAGGCAGAGACGGCAUGUUUCCGCUAGAAUAUGUUAUGCGCAAGGGAAUGAAACAGCUGGCUCUUGAUCUGAUCGACUCGGCUAGGGAUGCACUCGGAGAGCUCCACUGGGCUAAGCUUAAAGACUGCGUUUCUAAGGAAGAUCUGGUUCGCAUUGAGCGCGUAUGCGCAAUGCCACUAAGCGCUCGGUCAACACAUGACAAAGGACUCGCUCAGAUCUUGCGAAAUUCUCGGCAAGUAUCUCCAUCUUUGGCGUCUCAACAAGUUCUUCGGCAAUCAGCCCACUCGUCUGGCCUUUUUGGUUAUCAAAGCAGUUUAGGAGCCUCUUCAAAUCUUAUUGUUUCCGGUCCAUUUGCAGCAAACGAUCCCGAUGCAGUCAGGCAGCUUUCACAACUUAAUAUGUCCCAUAGCACGAUGCUCCGUGAUAGCGAGCUAGGUCUAAUCAACUCUAUCAAAAAGAAAAGCAUAGUCGAGGUAAAAAAGCAUUUACACCAAGUGCGUCAUAAGGACUCUAGAGGGUGGACUGCCUUGAUGUAUGCCGCAUUCCUCUCGUUUAACUCCUCCAUCCCACUUCUCUCUGAAGAAUAUGGAAUGACGGUCACAGAAACAGGCAUCACAGCCCUUAUGAUUGCUGCGGAGGUGGGGAACGUGGGUGGUGUAAGGCACCUAUCUACACACGAGGGCAAAAUACUCUCCAAGGAAGGAAAAACCGGGCUCAUCGUCGCCAUAGAAUCAGGACACUACAAGUGCGCUGAGAUUCUAGCGUUUGAGGCAAACGUCUGGUGUCCUGGUUGCGACUCGUCUCUCAUAUAUGCCAUCAAGGCCAACAAACUCCCAUUUGCACAAUUAUGUAUUCCUCUAGGCUGUGGGGCCCGCGAUGCCGUGGGGGCAACGGCCCUUAUGCACGCCAUAGCCUUGGGAGAUACAGCACUAUCCAGAGCUCUUGUCCCCCAUGAGAGUGGAAUGAAAGAUGACCGAGGAAUGACCGCUCUCAUGUACUGUGUGCAAUAUAAUGCAUAUGAAACUGCGCUGCUGUUAGUAGAUAAGGAGCUGGGAAUGCGGAACUGUAGCGGACAAACAGCUCUAUCCAUGGCUUCUGAAAUUGGUAACUCUCGCUUUAUUUCAAUGCUUAAAAAGUGGCACAUACGCCCAGGACACACAGUAGGAGAGUAG